AUGGACAACCAAGGCAGACAUCACCAGAACUGGCAGGAAGGCUGGAACCAGGCCAGAGGAGGACCCAACUUCAGACCAGACGGCGGGCACCCGGGCCGGAACCAGAGCGAGUUCAGGGGGGCUCCGAAGAGGGGGAGGCAGAACUUCCUGGACUCGUCCCCCGGAGGCUUCCGCGGGGGCCACAGUCCUCUGCUGCGGGACGACCUCCGAUGGCUCAUAAACCCAGAAGGGCUCCCGGGAAACCAGAGGAGGGAGCAGCCGAACUGGAGGACGAGGCCCCAGUCGGAAAGUCCAAGAGAGGACGCAGAAGGGAACAACGGGAAUGGGCACAAAGCAGGCAAAAGAAGAAACAGAAACAGGAACUCCCAUUUUGAAAACGCUAACGACGCCGCGAACGAAACUUCCGGCAAAUCCGACCGCAACCGUCAGGCAGAACGGCGGCUCAAGAAGGAGGAGAUCAACUCUUUGAGAAAGGAGCGGCAGGAGUUGGCAGAGAUGGCUCCUCCCAGCGCGGAGCAGGUCGUGGCCAUCGGCGCUCUCCUGGAGAACCUGGUGCGCGAACACGGCAUGACCGACGAAGACGUGGAGGCGCGACGGCGAGCAGUGUCCGUGAUGCAAGACCUCCUGCUGUCAGUUAUACCCGGAAUUUCCCUGCGUCUCUACGGUUCAUCGUGCAACAAAUUUGGCUUCAAGAAAUCCGACGUGAACAUUGACAUUCAGUUUCCACCAGAGAUGACUCAGCCAGACGUCUUGUCUCUGGUGAAAGAAUGUCUGUCAGUGAGCCCUCUCUAUGAUGAAUUAGAGGCAGACUUUCACGCCAGGGUUCCGGCUGUUGUUUGCAAAGAGAAAAAGAGCGGUCUCGUCUGCAAAGUGAGCGCAGGGAAUGAGAACGCCUUCCAGACUACCUCGUAUCUGUCCGCUGUCGUCCGCCUGGAGCCCGUCGUGCUGCCCCUGGUGCUGGGCCUCCGCCGCUGGGCCCAGAUUUGUCAGAUCGACCGUCCAGAGGAGGGAGGACUCCCAGCGUACGCAUUCGCUCUCAUGGUCAUCUACUUCUUACAGCAGCGGCCACUGCCUCUGCUGCCAACGUACCUGAACCAAGAGAUCAAGGUUUUCUCCCUGAGUCGACUCAAAGACUUCUGUAUGACGCACGUGGAUGACGGCCACAUACACUGGGUCUACACGCCCUCCUCCACGGCGCAAACGGCCGACAAGUCCAGCGUCAGUGGGAAGAUGCCACUGGCGCUCCAGUCGCCUCGUCCUCCGGUGGAAGUCGGUCAGCUGUGGGUUGAGAUGCUUCGGUUCUUUUCCUUUGAGUUUAAAAUCGAGGACUACGUGAUCGGGGUGAGAACUCGAGCCGUUCUGUCCCGAGAGAUGAAGGACUGGCCCAAAAAACGCUUUGCUGUCGAAGAUCCGUUUUCAGUGAAGAGGAACGUGGCGCGCUCGGUCAACAGCCAGCAGAUGUACGACUACAUCGCCCACUGCCUCAAAACCACGUACAAGUACUUUGCUCUCCCGCCCAACACCACGCCUGGGCCAAAGUCCAAAGGCAGCCACGGGAAAGACGCCCUGCCGGACCCAAACAAACUCAUCAUCGACCCCCAGUCCUCCACCCAGUCCCAGGAGGAGGAACCAACUCCGGAAGACUCGGACUGCAUCAUCGAGGAAGAACUGGACGACAGCGAAUCGGAGAAGGACGCGGAGAAGGCCGACGUGGUCAAGGGGAGUCUGUCCGAGGACGAGGGGGACGAAGAGUGGACUCCGGCCGCGGGACACCAGGACAGCGUCACCACGGAGGACGAGGAGCAGUUCCAGGUGGAUGGGGUCUCGGGGGAGGAUCUGCGGUCGGAGGACGAGAGGCCGGAGCCGCUGUCCGCAGAGGAGCCGGCGGAGGACGGGACCAAGACGGAGAAACAGGAAGGGAGUCUGACCUACAAGUUCAACAAACACGCGUUCACCAGAGGAAAGAGACACAUCAUCGUCUGUGCCUUGUGCAAACGCGACGGUCACAAGAAGAAGGAUUGUCCCGACGACUUCAAGAAGGUGGAGCUGGACCCGCUGCCGGCGAUGACCCCAGACUUCCUGAGCGUCCUGGACAAUGUGUGCCAGCAGUGCUUCACGGACUUUGCCCCAGGAGAACUGGAGGAGAGAGUCCGAGACCACAUCCUCUUGGAUUUACAAGCUUUCGUCAGACGCCACUUUCCAGGUGCCAAGUUGCAGCUUUUCGGAUCGUCCAAAAACGGCUUCGGUUUUCGGCAGAGCGACCUCGACAUCUGCAUGAUGUUGACCGGCCGAGACACGAUCGAGGAUGACGAGUGCAUUAGUAUAAUUGAAAGCCUGGCCAGACUAUUGAAGAAACACUCAGGUCUUAAGAACAUCCUUCCCAUCACCACGGCUAAAGUCCCCAUUGUCAAGUUUUGCCACGUGCAAACUGGACUGGAGGGAGACAUCAGCUUGUACAACACUUUGGCCUUGCACAACACUCACUUACUCGCCUCCUACGCUGCCAUCGACCCGAGAGUGAAGAUCCUGUGUUACGUCAUGAAGGUGUUUGCCAAAAUGUGCGACAUUGGGGAUGCGUCUCGGGGUAGCCUCUCGUCCUACGCCUACACGCUCAUGGUGCUGUUCUUCCUGCAGCAGAGGAAUCCUCCGGUCAUCCCCGUCCUGCAGGAGAUGUACAACGGGAAGAAGCCGGAAAGAAUCGUCGACGGUUGGAACGUCUACUUUUUCGACGAUCUGAAAGCGUUGCCGAGUCGCUGGCCGCACUGUGGGCAGAACAAAGAGACGGUGGGGCAGCUGUGGCUGGGCCUGCUGCAGUUCUACACCGAGGACUUUGACUUCAGGGAACACGUGAUCUGCAUCCGACAACACGAGCGUCUCACCACCUUCAACAAGCAGUGGACCUCCAAACUCAUCGCCAUCGAAGAUCCCUUUGACCUGAAUCAUAAUCUGGGCGCUGGACUCUCUAGAAAAAUGAUCAACUUCAUCAUGAAGGCUUUCAUCAACAGCAGGACGCUCUUCGGGACUCCUGUGAGGAUCAUUCCCGUUCAGUAUCCUUCUACGAUGGAAUAUUUCUUUGAUCCCGACGUUCUGACGGAAGGAGAGGUGGCUCCCAACGACCGGUGCUGCAGGAUCUGUGGGAAGAUCGGACACUUCAUGAAGGACUGUCCGAUGCGGAGGAAGUCGCGUCACAGACAGGACUCGGACCGGGACGACGGGCGGGAAAACCAGGAGCAGUGGAGGAAACGGGAGCCUCUGGAGCCGCGAUGCUGCUUCCUGUGCGGGUCCAACGCUCACAUGAAGAAGGACUGCCAGAUGUACCGGGGGCCCGCAGGAAACAUGCGGCUGGACGGUCCUUCGCCCUCGGGCCACUUGGGAGCUCGGCGAGGGAGGGACAAGCCGGGCAACUCUGCGAAAGAAGAAAACAAACGGCUCGUACUAAGUCCCCACGCAGGUACAUUUGAGCGUUUUUCCACUCGCGCUUUGAUCCGCGUUCUCCGUCUGCCUUCUCAGUCUGCCUUCUCCGUCUGCCUUCUCCGUCUGCCUUCUCCGUCUGCCUUCUCCGUCUGCCUUCUCCGUCUGCCUUCUCCGUCUGCCUUCUCCGUCUGCCUUCUCCGUCUGCCUUCUCCGUCUGCCUUCUCCGUCUGCCUUCUCCGUCUGCCUUCUCCGUCUGCCUUCUCAGUCUGCCUUCUCAGUCUGCCUUCUCAGUCUGCCUUCUCAGUCUGCCUUCUCAGUCUGCCUUCUCAGUCUGCCUUCUCAGUCUGCCUUCUCAGUCUGCCUUCUCAGUCUGCCUUCUCAGUCUGCCUUCUCAGUCUGCCUUCUCCGUCUGCCUUCUCCUUCUCCGGCUGCCUUCUCCGGCUGCCUUCUCCGGCUGCCUUCUCCGGCUGCCUUCUCCGGCUGCCUUCUCCGGCUGCCUUCUCCGGCUGCCUUCUCCUCGGCUGCCUUCUCCGGCUGCCUUCUCCGGCUGCCUUCUCCGGCUGCCUUCUCCGGCUGCCUUCUCCGGCUGCCUUCUCCGGCUGCCUUCUCCGGCUGCCUUCUCCGGCUGCCUUCUCCGGCUGCCUUCUCCGGCUGCCUUCUCCGGCUGCCUUCUCCGUCUGCCUUCUCCGGCUGCCUUCUCCGGCUGCCUUCUCCGGCUGCCUUCUCCGGCUGCCUUCUCCGUCUGCCUUCUCAGUCUGCCUUCUCAGUCUGCCUUCUCAGUCUGCCUUCUCAGUCUGCCUUCUCAGUCUGCCUUCUCAGUCUGCCUUCUCAGUCUGCCUUCUCAGUCUGCCUUCUCAGUCUGCCUUCUCAGUCUGCCUUCUCAGUCUGCCUUCUCCGGCUGCCUUCUCCUUCUCCGGCUGCCUUCUCCGGCUGCCUUCUCCGGCUGCCUUCUCCGGCUGCCUUCUCCGGCUGCCUUCUCCGGCUGCCUUCUCCGGCUGCCUUCUCCGGCUGCCUUCUCCUUCUCCGGCUGCCUUCUCUUCUUUUUAA